AUGGCAUCGGCCAAUAGUGAAAUACCGAAUAGACUUAUUUCAUGUCAGAUACUACAAAGCGAGAGAUUUCGGAGAGCUUUCAUCGAGAAUAUUGUGGUUGCCUCCUCGGAAUUCUCAUUGUUGGCUCGUUGGGAUAAGGUCUCACCAGCUGCUAAAAACAUCAAAUUUACUUACAAUGGUUUACUUUUUCACGACCAGUGUUUUGAGCCUGCUCCGGAAGUGAAAGAGGCACUACGUCGUUUGAACUUGAAGGAACCGUGGCUUUUUGAUGAACGCAAAAUACGACUUUAUCAUGCACAUUCAUUGAAAUGCCACGGUGAACAAUUACCAAAAGAAAAGUGGACGAAAUGGGAAGACGAAACGUGGUACCUUAAGCCAUAUUUGGAUGAAAUUGAAGAAGAAAAAAAGACACGGUCGAACACUUCUGGACUACUUCCUAGUUUUCAAUUAAAAGGACGUCAUUAA